AUGCCGGCCGGAGUGUCGACCCUGGCCAUGAGCGAGGGCAUCAGCUUCGACCCGAAGGGGAAGGCCUUCGCGAUCCUGCGAAAGGACCUGGACUCCUCUCUGCCGCUGCUCCACGUCGACCAGGACGACUCGCAGAGUCCUAAGGACGACCUGGAGAAGCCGGAGGUGCGUCGCAGUCGACUCGGCGAGUCGAACGAGCACCUCGUCCUGGCGAGCCUGCAGGGGCACAGGACGAGCCCCCUGACGAAGGAGCGCAGCAGGAGCCAGGGGAACCUCUCCAAGGAGAGGGCCGAGUCGAAGCCCGUGUCCUUCUCGACGGAGGACCUUAACGAGGCCCUGAACGCGAAGCUCGGCAGGAUACAGGAGGAAAGAAGGAACGAGAGGCUCCAGGGCGGGUCCUUCAUCGGCAGGAAGCCCUUCGUCACGACCGUGAAGACUGGGGAGUUCUUGAUGCCGCCCCCGGAAGUGGCGGCUCUCCUCGGCAUCGCGCCCUACGCCAACGGCGACGAGGUCCCCAGGUCGAGGUUCAAGCCUUUGGCCUCCCUGAAGAGGCCGGAAGUUCGUCAUCAGAGCCACGUCUCCAGGUGCAGGGCCGCCCUCAAGGCCACCGCCGAUUUCGGGAUCAAGCUGGUCGACGCCAUCGGCACCAGGUCCUCGGUUGAGACUCUGCCCUCCGACCAGCCCCCAUCUUUCGGGAACAUCAUGCACGAUCGGAGGGUCGUCCGGGGUAGCACCUUCGCCUCGGCUCCGAUCCUGAUAGAUCCUGAUCGAUCAUACGCAGAUGCGAAAAGGAAGCACAUGGCGAGAAAACGAGCCCAAUCCCAGGCUGCGAGGUCUUCGGCGAUGAGGCUGGGAUCUCCACCUCCUGUUCCUGGCCGGAAACAUGAGCCCAUCCAGACCGAGAUGUUCCUCGAGGAGCUCUUCGAGAAGCCGAUCGAGCUGGACGUCUCGACCCAGACGGACUACUUCCUGGACAGGCCUGCGACGCCUCGGUAUUGUCCUGCCAAGGUGGGCCAGGAUGCCAGCACCCAGAUAUGUCCUGGGGACCUCUUCGACUACGACGUCGAGGUCCAGCCCAUCCUUGAAGUGAUGGUGGGGAAGACCAUAGAGCAGGCGCUGGUGGAGGUCCUGGAGGAGGAGGAGCUAUCAGCGUUGAAGGAGCAGCAGAGGAGAUUCCUGGAGCUGCGAGCCGCGGAGAAGGCCGAGCAGCAGAGGCUCGAGGAACAGGAAAGACGUCUGCGGGAUGAGAAGAACCGACGUCUUCGGCAACACGAGGAGGCGGCAAAGACCCAGCAGGAAACGGAAGACAGAGUGGCCGCUGCGGUUCUUCUCACAGGAUACAUUGCGGAACUCCUGCCAUCCGUCCUGGAGGGCCUCAAGAUGUCCGGCUUCCUCCUGGAUGAAAUCAAGGCCGACGUCGAGGAAGGGUUCAUGCCUUGGCUGAUGAAGGAGGUCAAGAAGGAGAUGGGCACCAUGGUGGAGAGCAGGGAGAUCCUCAUGGACAUCGUGCAGGAGAUCCUGGAGAACAGGGCGGAAACGUACAAAAGACUGGGGGAGGAAUACGACGCCUCGAGGGAGGCGAGGACGCCGAGGGUGGAGGCGCAAGAAGAGGGUGGACGUCGCGACGUCGAUUUCCUUAAUUACGAGCCACCCCUUAUGGAGGGCGAGCAUGUGUAG